UUUUUCCCCGGUGUCCGUCAGAUAGGUUGCGUCAUUUCCGGGCUAAAAACUGGCGGGACAUCUGCACAUGCUAGUUGACGAACAGGUCGUUGACAGAGCGUAAAAAACUUGCUUUUACGCGGCACACCGGAUAAAAUUCACACAACAUGAUGGCCACAAACGGAAAGGAUGCCUGUGGACUGAAAGAUGAUGUGUCGUCGGCUUCUUCAAACGGCUCAGCAGUGGUGAACGGAGCAGCCCCGGACGCAUCAACCCGCUCCAAGCUGCAGAAUGGAGGAACAGUACGGCCGGAGAGGUUCACCUUCAGCCCGAAGCCCACCAUUGAGGACAUUCGGCGGUUGCAAGCGGAGUUCACGGACGAGCGGGACUGGAACCAGUUCCACCAGCCUCGCAACCUGCUUCUGGCCAUGGUCGGGGAGGUGGGCGAGGUGGCGGAGCUCUUCCAGUGGCGGGGGGAGGUUGCCGAGGGCCUGCCGGACUGGACCGAGUCGGAGCGUGAGCAGCUGGCACACGAACUCAGCGACGUGCUGAUCUACCUGGUGGAACUCGCCGAGAAGUGUCGCGUCGACCUCCCGCAAGCGGUGCUCCGUAAAAUGGCCCUGAACCGUCUAAAAUACCCCGCCAGCAAGGUGCACGGAUCGGCCAAAAAGUACACAGAAUACAAGGACUGAGUUUGGAUGUUAAGAGACGGACGUCAAUCGAUCCGACUGCCGGAGCUGCUUUUCGCCCCACUGGCAGCAUGCUGCAGUUUAACCAUGGCCUACUGCUACUGAACAUUUUGUUGCUCGGUUCAAACUGCUGUUUUUUUUUUCCUCCCUUGUUGACCUGUUAAACAGCCCAAAUGAAUGAUCUUAACUUUUUGUGAAUGUUCUGUGAUGCACACGUGUCAGCCUAGUUGCCUGCAUAUGCAAAGCCACAUUUGGCAGGCAAGGCACUUGAGGAAUAUGCUUUUAUUGAGCUUAACUUAAAAAUCCUGUUUUUAGUCUGAUCAUUGAUGUUCCCGAGUCAUUUUGAGGCACUGCAUACUUUUUUUUUUUUUUUUUUGAGAAAAUAUUACUGUUGUGCAGUGCCUUUGGGAAGUAUUAGGAAGAAAAUAUUUCACACUGAACAUUAUAGAAGUUAUUUAGCUUGGUUCCAGUAGAGGAGUGUGACAGAGUGGAUUAGAAAGUUGGUGGAGCUGAAGCAGAUGAUUAUUUUCCUGACCAUCCCUGACAUGGCAAACAGAGCUGUAAAAAGGAAAAGAGUAAGUGUGAAUUGUUUUUUGCGUUGUUUUAUGAUUUUAUUUUAAUUUCCCAUCAGGGGUGACUGUUCUCAUCUUCUUUCUUAUUUACAUCACAACUGUCACAAUUCGUCUUGUAAAAGUUGCUUUAUUUCAGUUCUGUGUAUUUUUCACCCAUUUAUCAUCUAAGUUUAAAUACAAUGUGUUGUAUUUAGCCCUGCAAUAAAUGCUACCUUCAUCAAG